AUGGAGCAGCUAGAGGGGCCGGGUCCAGACACGGGCUCUGAGGAGGUCAACCCGUUCUACCUGCAGCAGCUCCGGGAGCUGGACAUCCCCGAAGAGGCGGCCAAACAGGCGCUGCUGCAAACGCGGAACGUGUCAGCUGAGGAGGCGGCCAUGUACUACUUCAACAAGCUGGAGAAUGAGGUGGCUGCACAGGUGGGCCAUGCUGCCGUGGGUCUGUACCAAGCCCUACAGGAGAGGAAUAGCUGGAGGGAGAUGGCCUGGAAGUGGGACCACAGUGGAGCCAAGAAGGUGGUGGUCCAAGGCACCAACAUGGCUCACCUGCUGGAGCUGCAGGCCCUGGCCAUGAGUCUCAACUUACCUACUUACCUGGUCCAGGAUGCAGGACUCACCCAGGUGGAGUCUGGCUCCCGCACCGUUCUGGCUGUCAUGGGAGAAGAGGAGACGGUGAAUAAAGUCACCGGCAGUCUGAACCUGCUCUGA